UGCCAACUCACAGAAGCUCGCCAUUACCUACCAUCCAGCUCGCCUCUCUCUCUCUCUCUCUCUCGCCUGCUGUACUUUCUCUCUCUCUCUCAACCAACGCAACUCUCCUCUCUCUUUCUGGUUCGUUUCUUCCGUCACCUUCCCACCUGAUACUUCAGCCAUGGCCGAAGAAGAGCCCAGGAAGGUGGAGCCCGAGGCCCCGUCGGAGCCUCCGCCGGCGGAGACCCCGAAGGACGUCGCGGAGGAGAAGCCCGUGAUCCCCCCGCCGCCGCCGCCUCCGGAGGAGAAGCCCAAGGAGUCCAAGGCCCUGGCCAUCGUCGAAAAGCCUGCUGAUACCGCUGAAGAGAAAAUCUCUGAGGGUUCUGCUCACCGAGAUAGGGAGCUAGCGAGAGUCGAAACACAGAAGAGGAUGUCUCUCAUCAGAGCAUGGGAAGAAAGCGAAAAGUGCAAAGCAGAGAACAAGGCUCACAAGAAACUAUCUGCGAUUGGGGCAUGGGAGAACUGCAAAAAAGCUUCUGUAGAAGCUGAGCUGAAGAAAAUUGAGGAAAAGUUGGAGAAGCAGAAGGCGGAAUAUGUGGAGAAAAUGAAGAACAAAAUUGCUCUCAUCCACAAGUCCGCAGAGGAAAAGAGGGCGGCCAUAGAAGCCAAACGAGGGGAAGAUAUGCUCAAGGCAGAGGAAUUAGCCGCUAACUACCGUGCGAAAGGGACCGCUCCCAAGAAGCUCCUCAGUAUUUUUUGAGGCUGAAGAUUUUUUUGGCCUUGUUGUGUAAUCAUCAAUACAUACUGUACAUGUUAUUGUUUGGGUUUCAUUUGUUAGGCUACUAUAUAUCCGAGUGCUUCAUGGUUUUAACAUUUGCUGCAUAUUUGGUGUUAGUCGUCGUGUUGGUAGCUGAAGAUCUUUUUGGCCUUGUUGUGUAAUCAUCAAUACAUACCGUAAAUGUUAUUGUGUGGGUUUCA